UCACCACCGGCUCACUGCUAAGAACACACUCCCGCCCCACCCCCACCGACAGCAGUAAUGAAGGCCCUCGCCGGCGACAGCAACGCCUCCGCGCCGCUUCUGCAGGAGGCCAAGAUCAGCAUCCCCGCCUCCUCCACGGGCGGGGCCGCGGAGGCGGCGCUCCUCGGGAAGGGCCGGUACAAGGUGUGGGCCCUCGCCGCCAUCGCGCUCCUCGCGCUCUGGUCCAUGUCCGCCGCCUCCGUCUCCCUCCGCUGGUCGGCCGGCGACCUGGCAGCCGUUAUUUCAGGGGACCUCGACGCGCCACUCCGCGACGAUCUAGAUUCCCUCGAGAUGGAGGAAAGGGAGAAAUUAGUUGGUCGGAUGUGGGACAUGUACACACGCACCAGCGACGAGGUACGCCUUCCACGGUUCUGGCAAGAAGCAUUCGAGGCUGCAUACGAGGAGCUUGCUGGUGAUGAUAUGCAGGUCCGCGACACGGCCAUCUCUGAGAUUGCUCGAAUGUCAGCCCACAGACUUGAGCUUGAGCAGCCUGUGAAUGCGAACGAGGAAGAGGGCAAGGUAAGCAUCAGGAAUAAUGAUCAUGGCAGAGCGAAGCAGUAGCUUCAAAACUGAAGAUCUAUAACGGUUGCGGACAACAAAUAUCAGCAGCUGAACUUGAAGUUUGAUGUAAACUGAAAUUUUCUGUAUGGGAGGGCAAGCAAAAGCUUACCAUGAUGCAAAGUUUUAACUUCCCCGCAGUAAAGCGUUGUAUUAUACGUGUAUUAUUCAUAGGUCCUGAUUAGAAAUGUCAUGCCAUUUGCUAUAUGUAGUAACGUGGAAUAGAGGAAGUCUAGCAAGAUCAUGCUGUUUUUGUUUGAAA